AUGGCGACCAUUUCGAAUCUCGCUAAUCUUACCCCCGCCACUGCUGUCAACUCCAGAUCUUCUUCUUCUUCCUCCGUCGUACCCAGAUCCUUCCUCAAUUUCCGCGGUUUCGACUCCAAGCUUUCCUCUUCUCAGCUUUCCCUUCGUUUCAACAACCAUCAAUCCAGACCUUCCCUCUUAGAGUUUGGGAGUCACGUCAAAUUCUGGACCACUAUCAACGAGGCUAAUAUAUUCACUAUUGGAGGUUACAAUGAUGGGACUACACCUCCUGGUCGUUGCUCCUCACCGGGAAGAAACUGCUCAUCCGGGAACUCUUCGACUGAACCAUAUAUCGUAGGUCACAACUUGCUUCUUGCGCACGCCUCUGCUUCAAGACUAUAUAAGCAAAAGUACAAGGAAAUGCAAGGUGGUUCCGUAGGAUUUAGCUUAUUUGCAAUAGGGUUUAUUCCUUUUACAAGCUCCAAGGAUGAUGACAUUGCAAGUCAAAGAGCCAAAGAUUUCUUCUUCGACUGGUUGCUUAGGCCUCUUAUAUUUGGAGACUAUCCUGAUGACAUGAAAAGAACCGUUGGAUCAAGACUACCAGUUUUCUCAGAGGAAGAAUCAGAACAAGUUAAAGGCUCAUCUGACUUCAUAGGAAUCAUUCACUAUCUUGCAGCUUCUGUCACAAAUGCCCAAUUAAAAACUUGUCUUUCAAGAAACCCGGAUUUCUACUCAGACAUGGGCGUAUCUAUGACCUUGCUUGGGAACUUUUCGGCUUUUGAGUAUGCUGUUGCUCCAUGGGCUAUGGAAAAUGUCCUAGAGUAUAUAAAGGAAAGUUAUGGCAAUCCUCCUGUCUACAUUCUUGAGAAUGGUAGACCACUGAAGCAAGAUUUGACGCUGCAACAGAAGGACACACCAAGAAUUGAGUACUUAGAUGCUUACAUUGGUGCUGUACUGAAAUCCGUAAGCGACCCUCAUCUCAAAAGAUCUCCUAAACUCUCUGCUCAUUGGUACUCUGCUUUUCUCAAGGGCAACACCACUUUUCUUGGCUCUCAAGGCAACUGGAGAGCAAAUACUACCCUUCCUCAGCUUCUUCAUGAAAAUGUUACAUAUUAUAUAUUAUGA